CGUUGUUGAUAGUUUACGGCACCUGCUGUCAUUGCUGAUGUUAUGCGGAGUUGACGUUAUGAGAGCACACGUUUCUGUUGCUUUGUCAAGUGUAUUGUAUGUUCUUCACCACAGUAACUGCUGCUAUCACUCGAGGAUGGAUCAAGUGGUUCUGAGCUUCCAGGACAGUCUCCUGCGGCGCUCAGAUGUGGCACUGUUAGACGGUCCUCACUGGCUCAACGAUCAGGUCAUCGGAUUUGCCUUUGAGUACUUUUCAACCGAGCGCUUCAGAAACCUGGGCGAAAAGGUCUGUUUCAUCAGCCCUGAGGUCACCCAGUUUAUCAAGUACGCCUCCUGCCAAGAGGAGCUCUCCAUCUUCCUGGAGCCUCUGAGUCUCUCGUCUCGUCGCUGGGUUUUCCUGGCCGUCAAUGACAACUCCAACCAGACGGCAGGUGGCUCCCACUGGAGCUUGCUUAUGUAUCAGCGUGACAACAACCAGUUCACGCACUACGACUCCCAGAGCGGAGGCAACUCCCUGCACGCCCGCCGUAUCUCAGCCAAGCUGGAGGCUUUUCUGGGUGCUCGGGGUAAAGCGCCAUUCGUGGAGGGGCCGUGCCCCUCGCAGCAGAACAGUUAUGACUGCGGCAUGUAUGUGAUCUGUAAUGCCGAGGCUCUUUGCGAGAGCUGUAGAGUUCAGGGCUGUGCCCAUCUGCCCACUGAGAUGAUAACACCUUCCUACAUUACACGGAAGAGGACAGAAUGGCAUUCAUUAAUACGGAGACUCGCCAAGGAAUGACCGGGUUAAAUAAUGCAUCUGCAAUCGCCUUGUUCGCAUGAGCAGUAUUAGCAAAUGGGAAAAGUGAACCCAUUUUUUCAUCAUACUCAAGCCUGCACAGUAAAAAAUAUACCGAGUUUGCAACAGCAUGUACUUAUCAAAAGAAAUUGUGUGCCAAAUUCUUAAAGGGUUUGUUCGCCUAGAAAAGAAAUUCUCUCAUUAUUUAUAACAACCCUCAUGUUGUUCCAAACUUGUAUGACUUUACUUGUGGAACACAGAUGCUGCUUUUUUCAGCAAGCAAGAUAUUCACACAGCUGUUUUCCAUACAAUUAAAGUGUCACACAUUACAUUCAGCAUGACGGCAGAUGAAGAAAAAAACUGUCUGAAAGAAUAAAUUUGGCUUUAUUUGUGGGUUAACUGCAAUCUUUCAUCUACUGCAUUGCAUUCAUUCAUUAAAAAACAGACUUGUGAAGUGUAUUUUAUCAGUUGUUAGCACAAGUUCAUAAAUUAAUAAUGUAUUAUUAUUGCGGAUUAGUUUAGAUUAGUAGCAUGAGGAAAGUGUCUUCACUUAACUGAUUGUUGUGAUGCUUGUUUACAAGACCAUUUGCUCAGGGCUUAUUUUGAAAAGACAAAGAUGACAAAGAAUGUGAUCUGCGUCGUAUAUUAACCGUUUGCCAAGGAUAAGUAGUACGUGCUGUUGGGCUGAACACAAAAUAGCAGACUGAUAUUUAUUAACCAAGUCGCUCUGAGCUGAAAAAUGCUUUGUAACCUCACACCGGCAAAUGCAUGAUUGUAAGACAGUUUCAUCUUGAGCUGUAUAAACCAAUUUUUUAGAGGAACUAAAUGAAGCAUAUGAAAUACAUGAUGUAUCGCCCCAUUACAGCGUUUACUGCAUGCGGGGAACAUACGUUUCUGUUAUGAUGCUGUUUACUUUGUGCAAAAAUGUUGUCAUUGAUCAUGUGCUAGGGAAUUUCAUCAAGUAUUUGACUUUUGUUGAUUUCAUAUUUGUAUGUGUGUUAUAUUAUUUGUCUUGUUUAUUUGUGUGCUGUGGUCUGAGUCAAGACCUGCAAAUCAAAACAUUACAGGAGUAUUCACACCUUAAACCAAUAAUCUCAUUAUACUUACAGAUUUUGUUUUAUGUUGUUUAAUUCUUUAAAUAAAUAAAUAAAU